AUGCCCAUGACCCUGCUGAACCCCGCCCCCACCUUUCUUAGUGUUGCUGAUGACGCCCUCACUGUCGUCAGUCAUCUCGACGGUGUCGCCAACGCUCUCGGCCAUCUCAACGAUGCUGCUCAAGCAUCCCGAUUCUUUGGGUUCGACAUUGAGCACGCGAGCGAUCACCGUGUCAGGCUCGUUCAACUGGCUACCCCCCUCCACGUCUAUGUGUUCGACCUUUUUGCCAUUGGCGAAUUUCCAGCAGCUCUCCAGGAUUUCCUCAAGGAUGCCAAUCUCGUCAAGAUGGGCGUGGACACCUAUGGCGACGCCCGCAUCCUCUACCGUUCCAACGCAGUCACUCUCCGUGGUGGUGGGGAACUCUCGCGCCUGCAUCGCAUCCACGAUAUGUCUGGUGCCCUUGCCAAUGUGCCAUUCAAGCAGAAUGUCGCCCUCGCCACUCUCACUUCUGUUUGGUUGGACCUCGAACUCGAUAAAAGCCUUCAAAAUAGUGAUUGGGGCUCGCAGCUGACUAUCAAUCAAUACCGAUACGCCGCCCUCGACGCAGUAGCUGGUUUCAAAAUUUAUCAAGCCAUGAUGCUAGUCCCCCAGUUGGCUACUGUCCGUGCUUCGUACUGGAUCUUCGAGGACAUAGACCACUUUACGAACACACGGUUGGGUUUACGUGAUGAUCACCCGGCAUAUGCGGCCAAGAGCCCACAGCUAGUCAACGUUGUUACUGGGCAUAUCAAUAGGCUCGAAUAUGUACUGUCGUCUGCUGAUUUGGAGAUGGGUGGUUCGCAGUCUUGGAGUUCGAUCAACGUACCAGCGACAGUAGCGUUUUAUCAAGCCGUCUCUUCGGCUCUGGCUACAUAUCGAUCAAAUAUCGCAUAG